AUGAAGCGACGGAAGGCAGAGCGACGCGACCUUUCGACAAGGCCUGAUGUUAGAGGCCAUUCAAUGCCCAUAUCCUCAACCAAUACACUUUGGCCACCUCACCCCCACUCGAUUGCCCAGACAUUUAAAAUCCGAUGCUACAUUCAAGGACCUUUCUCGGCGACAGACUUGAGGGCUACCCGACCCGACCUGGGGGAUAAGCAAGGCUCAGCUCUCAAGGAAAACGCAAAACUAGACAACUCCCCACCCAAGACUAGAUCACCUGUGUACCGACCAGUCGAGUAUGGUGGACCAAGAAUCGGACUAGUGAUUGGGUGUGUAGACACGUACCCGAUCAUGGAUGCGCGUCCCAUCCUCAACCAGGUGUCGCCUUACCUUGAUAUUUCUAAAUGGACAGGUUGGUGA